AUGGGUGGCGCAAGCGUGUCGGCUGUCGCAGGCCGCUCUGUGUGUGUGUGUGUGUGUGCGCGCGCAGCAGGCACAAAUCACCCCUUCUCCCCCUCCUCUUGUUCGUUAUUGUUGUCCGCGCUGCCGCUCAUCUCUCGUCGCCUCUCUCUCCCCUUCCUCCUCCUCCUCCCCCCCCCUCUCCAUCACACGACUGGUAGCAUCGCAUCCGCUCCUCUCCACUUAAACCCAUCAGCAGCAGCAGCGAUGCCGACGAAGCAGUACAUUCAGCUGCUACAGAAACUCUUUGUGUACUUGAAGCGCAACAGCGGCCGAAACGUGCCGCACGGUAUCUCACAGGUCGCCCUCAUCGACGAUGAUGACCUGACGAGGUGGUUCAUCCAGCUGCUCUACAAAGAUGAGAACAACGCCGACUUCUACGUGUCGCUCGAACUCGUCUUUAGCGAAGACGACGACGGCGAGGACGGCGCGGCAGGAAGGGCGUGGGGUGAAAGCACCGGUGUCGGAGGUGCGCGAUCGCUACAUCGACACCCUGCAAGACAUGUGAGGCCGAGCGCAACGGCUCCCCACCCCACCGAUGCAGCGCCAUAUUUGGCUGCCGCAACAUCGCCCCCACCCGUGCAUCGGCACGACAUGACGACAACGAGCUCUUCGACACCAUCGCCGCAGUCAUCUUUCUCGCUCGUCUCUGGAGGUGCAGGAGGUAAGGCGCGAGAGGCAGCAGCGUGCGAUGGAAGCCGCGAGCUGACAUCAUGGACAGUCCCGGGCUCCCCAGACGGCAGCAGUGGCUCGCGCGCGAGUGUCAGAAGCACGCAGCAACAGCGUAGUGACGACGAUCCUAACAGCAGGCCCACCACCACCACCCCGGAACCGUACAACGAGCUCCAACGUCGCCCCGUGGACCUAGGGGUGGCGAGGCUGCAGACCGGCGCCGCCGCGUCUCCUGCUCCGCCCGUAGCUGCAGCUAGGGGCGGCAGCCGUCGUAUUGCCCGCAUGCCGCUCGUCUUCGUUGUGGCCCCGCGUCUCAUCGCAUCCUUCAUUCACCACGGCGCCCUCUGCUCUCUCGAGCUCAUGUCGCAGCACUGGGAGCUGACACCCGAGAACAUCGUCCUGCUGCUAGUCGCGCUUUACGAGACCCUCAACCCUUUUGCCGGCGACGGCCGCGUGUCUGUUGAUGACGCGGAGCGGAUGGAGAGUCGCCGCGAGGCGGCGGCGGCGGCGGGCGUAGAUAGCGGCGGCGCAUCGCCCUUUACAGGAGCCUACUCGGAGGAAGAGCAUCAGCUCGGCAUGGAGUACAUCCAUCGCGCGCAUCCACACCUGUUUCGUCGCUACGUGGAUCCGACCGCGGCGCAUGCGGGUGCCGUGCGCGAUGGCGCGACGUCUCUUCCCACCUCGGAGUCGAGGGGCAGCCUCGGCGCCCCCGCACCCCUUGCAAGCCACAUAACCACAGCCACAGCGCCCACCGGCGGCGGCAUGGUGCAGAGAGCUCACCAUGACAUGUACUUGGGCAGGGGCAGCGCCGUCGCCGCCACUGGGUUCGACUCGGUGAGGCUGAGGGCCUCACCGCACGAGGCGCAGACAGCCGCAACGACCCUGUCAUUCAUAGAGCUCGGGUCCGCACAUAGCCCUUGUGGUAGCCAUGGAAGCGGCGCACUCGCGCCACAUGUAUUGCGGGACAUGUCUCGCCUUAACACCGCCGUGUACGAUGCCCUCGUAGCCACCUACGCUCCCCCAGCGGAGCCCUUGCCGGCGUCCCCGCCGCCUCCGCUCCACCCUAUCCCGCCACAGCAACCACAACACCCAACAGCAGCAACAACAACACCGGUCGUCAUGCUGCUCGAUUCAUCCGCCCUUCUCGCGGAUGCAGAGGGCGUGCAGCUGUUCCAGUCCGGUGUGCGGGGGGUGCAGCAGACCGUCGUCUCGACCACUGCAGUGGUGGAUUGCAAGAACAGCGCGGCGGACAGCACCACGCCAGAUAUGCCUGCUAUGCUACAGCAGCGCACCCCGUCGACAAUGACGACGACACCAUUGCCGCUGCCGUCAGCAGCGAUGUCCAUCUUCACGCCGGUCAUGAACGCCGAGCGAGUGCUGCGUGCACGCCCGCCGGCGCUUUCGCACGUUGCCUAUGCCCCUACACCCCCGCACAGAGCGGCGACAAACAGCGAGGAACUACAGCCACCGCUGCAGCAGCGCGUCGCCGAGCUGUGGAUUCCAUUGACGCUGCCGCCGCCCCCCAUCGGUACAUCUUCAACACCGGCGACCAGCACUGCGACCACAAGGAAUGUGGAAGGGUCUGGGACCACACAGGUGCUGCGGCUCUCAGCAGCGGGCGUGUCAUGCGAGGGCAGUGCUGCGGAUGACGCAGCCGCCCCAUUUCCCCUUGAGGUCCACCUCCUCGGUGACACCGACGACGACGUCCAACAGGCGCGGGUGGCCUGCGUGCUGCGAAACAUGCGCGUGUCCGUCUCCGCCUCUCGAGAGCCCAGCAGCGGCGACAGUAGAAAAGUCAGCACCUCAGCCACGCAGCAGCACCAGCAGCUUCGCUUCUCUCUGCAGUCAUCGACGGCGCCGUCCCCGACAGGUGACGUGCACACAUGCCAGAUACCCUGCGGCCUCACGCUGCACUGCAGGAAUAUGUACCUCUACGGGCACCUCCGUGUCUUCGGCGGCCUCGUACUCCACAACUGCGUCUUCGUCGGCACACUCACCACGGAGGAGCUGGCGACUGUGCAGGUGUCGCACACUCACCUGGCGCUGAUGCCCGACGAUCGACUACUGCAAAGGCUGCCGCCGUACCGAAGUGGGCCGUUCCGCCGUCGUCGCAGGGCUGGACGUGGCGCGCCACCUCAACGAUCCCCUUUCACAGCCUCGCCAGGCGCGGCGGCCAAGACCGGCAAGGCGGCAGCGGCAUCUGCCGAUACGGCCUGCAGCGCAGCAGCGGCACCGCCGCCGCCCCCGGCCCUCUUCUACGCGCAACGGAAGGAAUGCGUGCUCGUGCUCGACUCCUCUCGAGUGGAGAUGUCCGAAGACACCCAUGUCUAUCGACUGAUGCCCUACGUUCACACAGCAGCAGCAGCGGUGUGUGAGUGGCGACGCAGCAGUCGAGAGGUGAAGACUGAGAAGCCCGGCGACAAGCCCAAGGCUGUGAGUCAUGAACUCGACCAGGGUGACAACGACGAUGAAGUCGCCAGCAUCAGCGACGACAGCGAGGGCAGUGGCAACGAGGGAACAGCAGCAGCAGCAGCCGUUGCGCCGUCUCUUGCAGCCAUGAUGACAGUCCUGCGCUCACUGAUACUCGUGUCGAACCAUGGUCAUCUGCGGCUCGUCCGCUGCACCGUCAACCCUGGCCGCCACACGGAGCGCUCCAUAUUUGCUGAACAAGACGCGAUCGUAGAUAUGGCGCACUGCACCGUCACGGCCGCCAUCACCAGCGCCGUCAGCGUCCAGGGGUGCCGUGCAUACGUGGAGCACUGCCUCUUCGAAGGUAGCCCAACGACCACCGCCGCGGCAACGAGUCCCGUGCAGCCAGCUGAGGCAGUAGCAGGCGAGCAAGGGGCUGAGGGGGACGGCGUGGACGCGGGUGGUGAUGGAACCCCCUCUAGUGAUCGCAGUGAAAUGCGGCAGCAGACGCCACCACCGCCCAUACGCGUCAGCGACACGACGCGCUGCACAGGACUUAACGUCGAGCUCGGUGGCACCCUCACCGCCCGCCACUGCACAGCGCGGCAUCUGUACUUCGCAUUCUGCGUCAUCGCACACUCGGUGGCGCACUUCUACCGCUGCCAUGCCGAGGACGUUGUGAACGGCUUCACUGUCGACGCCUCCGCAGCCACGCUGGAUGGCUGUUCCGCCAACACGAAUCACGUCGGCGCCUUCGUGCUGCGCAAGGCGAAGUGCAUCCUGACAGACGACAGGUGCGGCAGCUUCCCGCGACGGUGCAGUCUGCUCGGCGAGGCCCACGAAACAGCAUACCGCGCUGUGAUGGGGGAGCUUCUGCAGAAGCAACAAGAGAGGAAAGGAGGGGUGGUGCCGCCGGCCAUCUCAGCGACGGAGUCCUUGUGGACGUCUGCGGCAGCCGUUGCGGAGCGCACCGCUCGUGUCGCACGGCUUGCGCGACGUCACUACGAGGAGCAGCUGCCUCGCUCCGAUACGCUGAGCGACGCUGCUUCAGCGACCGCCACGGCAAUCCACGCCUCGCACCGGCCCUCACCAACUGCAAGCGAGAUGUCAUCGCCGCAGCAGACACUCGGUUUCUUUGGCGGUCGAUUCAGCCUCGAAGUGCGCGACGCCGCGCUCAAGGCAACGGGGGUGACGCUGAUGAACGCGCACGACACCUCCGUCUACGCCUACGAGGACAGCGUGGUGGAGCUGGAGGAAUGCGUCUUGUGGUCGACGGCAGAGGCCGAAGAGGCCGCCAAUGCGGUGGCGGCGACAGUGGCAGCCGCCCUCGGGUCCGCUGCAUCGCCAGCCCCCUCGGCCACCUCGGCAACUGCGCUGAAGUUGACGGGUCUCCGCGCAUCGAAUAGCGCGGAUGGCGGCGCCGCCAGUGCGCUGCGGUCGGGGUCACCGCGGCAGCGCUCAUGCGGUGUCAAGGCCGUCCACGCCAGCCUUAAGGCUCGUCGCUGUCUAAUGACGGGUUACAGCUUCGGCGUUGCCGCCAUCCAGUCGACGCAAGCAGAGCUGCAGGAGUGCAUGGUGGUGAACGGCAUCAACGGCUACACAAUCGACCACUCGCAAUGCCGACUGCAACACUGCGGCGCUGACACAUCCCACGUGGGCCUCUUCGCCCUCAACAACUCUCGCGUGGAGGCCCACAGCACGCCGCACGUGGUGGGCGUCAGUGCCUGCGGGCGCACACCGCCGCCGCUCAUCUGUGGUGGGGUUCCGGCAGUCUUCUGCGGCGACGUCUACGGCGUGGAAAGCCAGUCCAGCGAGGUAGAGUGCACCGGCAUCACCGUACUGCGCGGCCGCGACAGCGGCUUCAACGCGUACAACAGGAGCGUGCUGCGGCUGACUAAGUGCCUCGUAGACGUGUCCCCCACGGACGCCGCACGUUAUGUGUUUCACAGCAACAAUCAUAGCAGCAGCAGCAGCAGCGGCGGCGGCGGCGGCGGUGCUGGCAAGGCAAACGCGCCUGGUGGGGGGACCGGGGCUGCAGCUGCAGUAGGAGGAGGAGCGAGGGAGGGAAAACGCGGCAGCUCGAAUGAGGACGGUGCAGCGGGUAAGCCUGACACAUGGACUCGCUACCUCACCCUCGACGUCAGCCUCGCGGAGGAACUGGUGUACAGCUCCAGCGACGGUGCCCCUGACCACCCCCACCACGAUCGACUCCCAUCAUCCGUGUUGUGCCUCGCAGACCAGCAAGGCAACACAGCGCCUCACUGCGACGAAGUCUGCGAGGACGAGAGGGAGGAGGUCAUGCGCCCCACUGCUCCGGCGGCCGCCACCCCGCCAUUGGCGCCGUCGUCCGUCGGCCGCAGCGCUCCAGCUGUACGUACCUCAGGAGUAAAGGUGUGGUCUGGCAGCCAGUGCCACGCGCAAGACACCGAAGUGCGCUGCGUCACGUUCGGCUUUGCCUCCCUCGGUCCCGAGACGCUGCUGGAUGCGCACCACUGCACGGCCAAGCACGUUGUCAACGGCUUCACCUCCGACGGCGGCGCGCUGCAGCUAACCAAGUGCAGUGCCAGCAGCAACCACGUCGGCGUGUACAUUCUUUCCCACGCGCACUGCGUCGUGCGCCGCGGCAGCUACACGGCAAAGAAGUACGGAAUCGAGUGCCGCAGCGGUCUGCUGUCGCUGCAGGGCCACGUGAAGAUCUACGGGUUCUCGCGCAUCGGCCUGUACCUGUACGACGGAGCGCACUGCGAAGCCGACCCGGACUGCGUACUGGACAUCCACGCCCUGAAACACGCCUCGCCAUGGUCAUCGGCCAUGUCGUCGGCGGCCGUCGCUGCUGCCGCCAGGACAGCGUCAGGUAGUGCCAGCUCCACAUGUCUCCUUCAGCCGUCCAAGUCGCAGCAGCAGCCACCAAUGACGACGGCAUCGGCCACCUCAUUCUGCAGCCCCGAAGACGUGGCGAACGUAUCCGACUUGCUACCCGCCUGCAUCGCCCUUGACGAGGCGACGGCACAUCUGCCACAGGCGGUGCUCGGUGGUGGCGCUCGCUGCGGCAUCACCUGCGGCGACGGUGCGACGGGCUUCAUUGGCAAAUCCAUCGUGUAUGACUGCAGCUUAGUCGGUGUGAACGUCUUCUACGGCGCACACUUGACGCUCGCCAAUGCGCUCCUCCGUUGCGCGCAGCAGUACGCGGUAGUCGUGCAUGCCGGAGGCGUCUGUCGCAUCACUCGAAAACCCGAAGGUGACGAGACGGUCAACAAUGACCACGGCCCUGGCAUGGGCAGUGACGAAGAAGCUGAGGAUCGCGGGGCAGGAAGCAGUGGCGGAAUGAGGGGAAUUCUGGGGUGGCAUGGCCCCGGUGCCGCGGUGUCCGCGGCGGUCCGGCGCUUGCGGAGUCUGGCCUCGCACAUCGUCGCAGUGCCGUGGCGUGUGGCCCACCAGUGGGCAGUGCGAAGUAAUCCGAACGACGGAGCAGCAGCAGCAGCAGCAGCAGCAACCGAACCCGUUGUGGAAGACGGCAGCAGCUGCGGUACAGUACUCGCUAAUGCGAGGGCUCGAUCGUUCGCACCUCGAUCCACGGCCUACACCGCCGCCGCCGGUAGAACAGCGAUGCCCCCGGCCCUAACUUCCAGCGCGCCACGAACACCGAGACACCCCCCGCCGCGCGUCACUACGUGUACGCAGCGCCUCUCUUCUGACGCCUCGUUGCGCCGAAGUGCUGGCACGAGGUCAGCCGCCUCGGCCAGCUCCGCUACGGCGACCACAGCGUCGCCAGUCACCAUCCGUGCCGGUGACGUUGACGGUGCGCUUCUGGCAGAAGACGAGGAUGAAGAGGUCGGCGGCAGCCGGUCCGUGCCGCUGACAAGGGCUGUGCGGCGCCGCUUGAAGUGGCUUUGCUGGGAAGCCCACCUCGAUACUCGGCUGCCCUUCCGGCUGAACACGUUGGUGAUGCCCGUUGCCGCAGCGGGCGCUAAUAGUGCCGGGCCUGAGCCUGUCAGCACGGCUGUCGGUGUAGGGGAACAGCACCCCUUGUCACCGUCGCUUUCCGCCAGUGUCGCUGCUCCACCCCGCUGCGCCACGGUGCCGUUGGCAGCGGUCGCGGCAGCAGCAAGCAUUCCUGCGGCCCCUGCACCCGGGGCGCCCUCCAUCGCCUCUGCCUUUCCGGCGGUCCGCCCGGCAAUCUGCGGCAGCUGCGUGGUGCGCGGGACGUGCACGAUGGAGCGCGUCGUGCUGCGGCCCACCAAUCAUCUACCGCGGCACUUCGCCGAGUGCAGCCGCGCCGGCGGUGCGCGAAAGGGGGAGAGCAAACAUGACAGCGACGACGACGAGGACGGGUCGAUGGGCAUGGAGAGGGACCGCACCGGCAACACAGUGGCGACGAGAACGCAACGCAGCCCGUGGGCAGGGCAAGGGGAACGCGACUCGUCGGCGCAGCACAAUUACACAGACAGCACCAACUGGGCUGACGACACAACCUCGGCGGGAGAGGUGGACAGCGACAGUGCGUACGCCUCCCCGCUCCUUGCAACCACCACCACCGCCAAGGCAACCUUGGCGGCCGGUCGCGCCGUCGCCGCUGCUACCGCCAGAGCCACAGACAGCAGGGAGGCUCUCCCUUCGGUGCGCAUCCUGCACCACCUGAUGCGUCAGCCGCCGGCUGUGCAUGUUUGCCAGCAAGGCGUUUUGAGCCUCACGGACUGCAUCGUUGACGCCUCGCUCUCCUUACAGCCGCACCUCGGUAUUCGGCGCGCCGGACAGCUCACAGCUGUCGUCGCGUGCGAGGGGCCGUAUGCAAAGCUUCACUGCGAUUACGUCCGUAUCGUGCGCAGUGAGGGAGGAGACGAGGAGGACAGUAGCGCCAUCGAGGGAGGUGAUAGCGGUGCCUCCGCCGCAGCUCCGGUAGCGAUACCCCCCGCCUCCACCCACACCCCGACCCCCGCGCCGUCGUUGCGUCGUUGUGGUGCUGUCGUGGCAGCGGCCGCUGCUGAUGUUACCACUGUCCCACUGCUGCUUCUCUCACUUGCAGAUGGCGCACAGUGCACGCUGCACAUGGUUGGUACAUCGCUGAAUGAUUGGCCGUACUGCGCCUACACUGCCGCACCGAUGAGCCACGACGGCAACGACGUCUGCAGCGACCCCACAACGAGACAGGAGAGGGAGAACACUGAAAACUCGCUUGGCUCCGCUGGUCACGGUGGUGCGGCAGUGACCCAACUCUCACCUGCUCGUCUCACCGCGGUACACAACGCUGGCAUAAUGCUGCGCACCACCGGAGAUACGCUCGCCGAGGUCGCAUACGCGAGCAUUACCGCCAUCCUCGCGUCGCAGCGGUCGCAGGUGCGGCUGACGCAUUGUACUGUGACUGGGACGGUGCCCAUCAUACUCGGCAGCAGUAGCUGCUCGUCCCUGAAGUUCUGCCGUGUGGUGGGUGGCGUGCGGGCUGGCCCCACUGCAGCCGCUAUCCGAGUCGGGCACGACGCCUACUUGACCCUGAUUCGCUCGUCAGUGUGGACGCUGUCUCGAGGGCUGGCGGUGGAGUGCAUGGACUCUGGCUGCGUGCAGGCGAUCGACAGUGAGGAACUGACGCUGGGCACGGCGGCGGGACCAACAGAUGGGCCCGACGAACGUGAAGGGGCAGCCGGAGAGCCAUGA